UAACAAAAUGCAUUUUCGAGACCUCGGCGGUCUUGGCGAGAUUAUCCAAGCGUUCCCGACGAUCGCCUCCUGUUCGCGACUCUCCUUCUACCACCAACUGAGGGGAUGUCGCGCGCAGAUCGCGCAGAGAUAAAUCUCCUACAUUAAACGAAACCAAACAAAAAGAGAGGGAUCCUUAACUCUCAUCCGGAGAGCAGGACGCAGAGACAUCUCCAUCAUGCGUCUCUCCGCCCUCAUCCCGACUCUCCUCUCCCUACUACUCUCCAUCACCACCCUUCCAGUGUCCGCAGAACACACCUCCAACUGGGCCGUGCUGGUCUCGACGUCUCGAUUCUGGUUCAACUAUCGCCAUCUCGCAAAUGUCCUCUCUCUCUACCGCACCGUCAAGCGUCUCGGCAUCCCCGAUUCGCAAAUCAUCCUCAUGCUUCCCGACGAUAUGGCCUGUAACCCGCGCAACGCAUUCCCAGGGACAGUGUACAGUAACGCCGACCGCGCAGUCGAUCUCUACGGCGAGAACAUCGAGGUGGAUUAUCGCGGAUACGAAGUGACAGUUGAGAGUUUCAUCCGUCUCCUCACGGAUCGACUAGACGAGGACGUCCCGCGCAGUAAACGCCUCGGAUCCGACGCGGGGAGUAACGUCCUCGUCUACAUGACGGGCCACGGAGGCGAUCGAUUCCUGAAAUUCCAGGACUCAGAGGAAAUCGGCGCGUGGGAUCUCGCCGACGCGUUUGGACAGAUGUGGGAGAAGAAACGGUACCAUGAGCUUCUCUUCAUGAUCGAUACAUGUCAGGCGAAUACGAUGUAUACGCAUCUCUACUCGCCGAAUAUCAUCGCUACGGGCUCCAGUGCGUUGGAUCAGUCUUCGUAUUCCCACCAUGCCGAUAACGACGUCGGUGUUGCGGUCAUUGAUCGCUGGACGUAUUACGUCCUCGAGUUCCUCGAGACGCAGGUCACGACGCCGAAUUCGAAACUCACGCUAGGCGAUCUCUUCGACUCGUACGACGAAUCGAAAAUCCACUCACAACCGGGUGUGCGUUGGGAUCUCUUCCCUGGCGGAGAACAGGAAGGUAGACUGCGCACGGUGGUUGAUUUCUUCGGAAACGUGCAGAACGUCGAGGUCGAAGGGGCCAAUUCGACGGGUCCGGGAUCGCUGAAGGAGGAUCUCGAGGAGAUCGCCAAGUUGGUUGAGAAAUGGCAACAGCGCGAUCGGGAGUAUCUCGCCUCUCUUUCGCGCGCGGAUAAUAAUAAUAAUACUACCACGAUCAGCCAUCCCUACGCUUCUGAUGAAGAGAGAGAUUCGACAUCAUCAUCCGAGCUGAAGAGACGAACGGCCGGCGCAACGAAGAUGACCAAUGAAGAUACAUGGGGGAAGCGUCUUGUCGGGUUUACUGUUCUAGGUGGCUUUGCUGCUCUGUGGGCGGCGGGGUCUUUCUUGGGUAAGGCUUAAAGAAGCGCUGCUGUGGUUGCUGAGUUUGUUAUUAUCCUGCGAAUUGUACUAUAAGACUUUACAGUAUGAAUCUGCUCAGGAUGCGGAGUGGCAUAGCAUAGCAUAGCAUAGCAUAGCAUGGGACGGCGUCUUGGCGUUAAUUGAUGACAUACCAUAGAUAUCUCGAUGGGAGAAACAUUAGUUGUGUUUACUUACAUGUUCGAGCUACUACUUACUAUAUCCGAACAAAGCUAUCAAUUAAUACUUCUCGGGUAUUGACCUGG